AUGAAGGAGUUACUUCGCGAUACUAUUUUCAGCCAUAUCCUACGUCUGCUGACGGGUGGGAGAGUGUUCAAGUAUCCCGAGGAAGAAGAUCCAUCGCUAUGGAAGAAAUACGUACACGUUGAGAAGUCGGGUAAUAUGGCCAGGCAUGGUCAGCCGCAGGCUCCUGAGGGUGAGAGGAGAGAGCAGACGAGGUCUGAUUCUUCGGAUACAGCUGUCUCUGAGGGAGAGGGAAGGACCGUGAAUGAAGUCAGUGGGCGUGUUGUUGACAAGGAGAAGGGAAAGGAUGUUCAUGUCGUGGACUGGUAUGGCCCUGAUGAUUCUGAAAACCCCAGGAACUGGUCGCGAAUCAAGAGAUUCUUCAUCACGUUCGAGAUCUGCCUCCUCACAUUCUCCGUCUACAUCGGUUCAGCCAUCUACACGGCCGGUUUAAAAGAUGUCAUGCAAGAGUUUGGCGUCUCUCAAGUCGCUGCCACUCUCGGUCUCACUCUCUUCGUCGCAGGCUACGGUCUCGGUCCCAUGAUCUGGUCUCCGCUGUCCGAGAUCCCACAGAUCGGUCGAAACCCUGUAUACAUUAUCACAUUGGCGUUGUUUGUCGUUCUUCAAGUGCCUACCGCCCUUGCUACGAACUUCGGUAUGCUACUCGCGUUCCGAUUCAUCACCGGCUUCAUCGGGUCUCCGUCACUUGCAACGGGUGGAGCGUCGAUUGGCGAUAUGUACAAGCCAGCUAAGCGAACCUAUGGCCUUGCUGUCUGGGGUGUCGGAGCCAUCUGUGGUCCUACCCUUGGUCCUCUUGUCGGAGGCUUUGCUGCUGAAGCAAGAGGUUGGAGAUGGACUAUUUGGGAACUCAUGUGGUUGUCAGGUGCCUCACUCGUGCUCUUCUUCUUUUUCCUCCCCGAGACAUCACCCGCGAAUAUUCUUUACCGCCGAAGUCGUCGCCUGCGAAAGCUCACUGGCAACGACAAGCUCGUGUGUGAGGCUGAGCUCGCCACGCAUGACAUGUCCAUGAAGGACAUCGCGUUGAUGACCCUGGUGCGACCCUUCCAGUUGAGUCUGGGCGAGCCUAUCGUGUUCGCUCUCAACCUUUACAUCGCUCUCAUCUACGGUCUGCUAUACAUCUGGUUCGAGUCUUUCCCUAUUGUCUUCGGUGAGAUCUAUGGCUUCUCUCUGGGCAUCCAAGGUCUUGCCUAUCUCGGCAUCCUGGUUGCUGUUUUUGUUGUUCUGCCCCCGUUUGUGUGGUAUCAGCACAAGUACAUCGAACCCAAGUUCAAUGAUGAUGGAGAACUCAAGCCCGAGUGGAGAUUACCUCCCUCAUUCGUCGGUGCCUUUGCGAUUCCUAUCUGCCUUUUCUGGUUCGGCUGGUCGUCGCGUGCUAGUAUUCACUGGAUCGUCCCCAUCAUCGGCACCGGAUGGUUCUCUAUCGGAGCGUUCCUACUGUUCAAUUCCGUACUGAACUACCUGAGCGACGCGUAUCCUGAGUAUGCAGCUUCAGUUCUCGCUGGCAAUGAUUUCUUCCGAAGUUCAUUCGGUGCUGGUUUCCCUCUAUUCGCAUCGGCUAUGUACAAGAACCUCGGGGUCGGUUGGGCUAGUUCAACCUUGGCAUUCAUCUCCAUCGCCUUCAUCCCCAUCCCGUUCGUCCUAUUCAAGUACGGAGAAAAGAUUAGGCAUAAGAGUAAGCAUGCUCGUCACGACCUGUAA